AUGAAAAUGUGGAUUUUUGCUGUUCUCGCCGCUCUCGCGGUCGGAGCCUCAGCUCAGAGCUGUCCAAGUACAUGUGCCACUAUGAAGUGGGGUGUCUGCGACGGACCCCCAUGUUCGUGUUAUCUUCUGGUUGAUAAUGGUACAAAACAGCCCAUAGACUGCACAGCAUUGGUCCCCAAGUGCUUCUUGAUGAAAGCUGAAAUGUACAGAGCAAGAAAUGGUCUGAGCACUCGCAGUAUUGCAGGAAAGCCACACGAGACUGCCAUUGUGGACAAUGAUGGCAUCUAUGACCCCGUGUGUGAGAAUGACGGCAAAUUCAAGGCCAAGCAGUGCAACGGCACAGAUGUGUGCUGGUGCGUCAACAGCGCUGGAGUUCGUCGGACUGACAAGGGAGACCAGACCCUCCAGUGUGAGAAGCUGGUGGAGACCUACUGGGUCCGUCUUCAGCUGACACACACCAAGGUGAACGCCAACGUGAAUAAAAACAAUUUGAAGACUGCCAUUGCAAAUGAACUUAACAGCCGUUACCAACUUAGCCCCAGCCUGGUGAAGGAUGUUCAGUAUGACCCAGACGCUCGCAUGAUUGUGGUCGAUGUGAAUAAGACAAUAGGAGAUCGCUCAUAUGACCUGUCCAAAAUGGCCUACUACAUGGAGAAAGACGUGAAGGUGCUGCCACUGUUUUAUGACCAGACCAGAAACUUUACUCCUUCUGUGGAUGGGCAGACUCUGGCGAUGGAGAAGAUCAUCGUGUACUAUGUGGACGAGGAGCCCCCGACCAUGACCAUGAAGUACCUGACAGGCGGGAUCAUCGCCGUCAUCGUGGUGGUGGUGCUGGCUGUGAUUGCUGGCCUGCUGGCUGUGUUCUUUUUCCAUAAGCGACAGAGGAAGUACAAAAAAACUCAGCAAAGAGAGCUGGAGCAAAUGUAAAGCAGAGAGAGUGUGAAGAGUCGACGCAUACAAUCGCCUUUUUUUGGAUUACCUUGUUUUGUUUUCUUCGCUGUGGGAGUGUGCCAUUUUUAUCUUUUGAGAC